UUGGCUCCAGCGCUCCUUCAGCCAGGUUUUUUGUCGUUGAGGUAUACAGCUGCAUAGCAAUACGGGGCGAGCCAUGCAGGCUCUCGCGCUCUUCUUCCUGAUGUGGUUCACGGGAUCGCCCUGCGGACGUGGCGCGAGGGUGGGUUCGGCCGAUCUGAGUGCGUCCGGCUUAGACGGGACGGGGGACGAGCUUGGUGAGAUCGGCAUCGCGCAGAGCGCGCUUCAGAUGGCAUCCGGCAAUACGAGCGUCGCCGCUCAGUCUGAGGAUGAUCCAGCCGCAUCCCAGGACCCAUCUGGCACGGCGCUCCCGAACAAUUUGCUGGGCUCGUGCCCCAAGGACUCCAACGGCAUGGACAUCGAUGGCCAGUACUGCGACUCCGAGCAGCUCACGAAGUGCUGCGCGUCGAAGUGCCGAUACCGGACGACAGUGAGGCAGUCGACGUUCGGGUCCUCCGCCCCCGUCGAGGUGCCCAAGGCGGUGCCGAAGACGAUGUGCUUGCAAAGGGACGCCUUGUACAGGAACCCGGAGGCGAAGUACCAGAAGAAGUAAAAUGCUGUGGUGGUGGUGCCGUCAGCGGCGCGUCAUGUACACCAGCCUCAAGUGGCCGCGGGAGAGGACGCACCACGUAUCCAGGGCGACGCCCGAGAGGGUGAGGAGCACCGCUGGGCCGUAGUGUCACGUUGCGCCACCGAACAGGAUGCAGGAGAGGCCCAGGCCGUGGUUGUCCAAGGCCGUCGCGGAUAAGCUCCUCGAGGAGGGUCUGCACCCGUCGGUCGCCUGCUGCCGCCUGAACGUCUACCUGUCGCCCGACGGGGCCUGGAGCUGCAGGAAAGAGGCCAUGUCGCUCAACGAGGAGAUCGAGCAGAUCUCCCGUGGGCCUCUGGCGCACCGGUGGGAGAGCUUCGCCAGGGCCGUGAUGAGCAUGUACAACAGUGUCUCGAAGCUCGAGUCCAGAUUCGAGUGGCAGCCCGUGCUGAAUAAGGCGCCCCUGACCAAGGGUGAGAUAAAGGCCAAGCCGCUUGUGAUGAUGAUCGGCGGCUACUCGACUGGUAAGACAACAUUUAUCAAGAGCCUGCUCGGCAAGGAGUACCGCGGCUCGCACAUUGGGGUGGAGCCAACGACAGACACAUUCACAUACGUGGCAUAUGGGAAAGAGGAGAGAAUCACUCCUGGCGAGAUUGUAUCCGUGGACAGUGAGAAGGGCUUUGAAGGGUUGGCGCAGUUUGGGAAUGGCUUCUUGCACAGCUUCCGGGAGAGCAGAGUGGACAGUGAGGUUCUGAACAAUUUUGCGAUAUUGGAUACGCCUGGCGUCCUCUCGGGCGAGAAGCAGAACAGCCGCGACUAUGACUUCGAGAAAGUCAUCGCCUGGUUCGCCGACAGGGCCGACAUGAUCUUCCUCGCUUUCGACAUCCACAAGAUCGACAUCUCGGACGAGCUGAAGAGCGUCAUCCGGUGCGUCGGGUCGAACCAGCACAAGUUCCGCAUCCUGCUGAACAAGGCGGACUCGCUCGAACCUGCCACACUGAUGCGCUCGUACGGCGGCCUGAUGUACGGCCUCGGGCGCGUGUUCACCACGCCGGAACUGAAGCGGAUCUACGUGGGCUCCUUCCGCGACGAACCAUACGAUUCAAAGUCGGCAAUCUUGCACAGUAUCUUUGAAAGCGACAAGAGGCUGCUAGACGAGGAUAUGAAGCACCUGUCCGCAGAGUCCUCCAAGCAGAAGGUCAACUCGUUCAUCGCGCGUGUGAAGCUCCAGAAGGCCUUCGCGACCCUGCUGGACUACCUCCGGCAGCAGAUGCCCGCCAUGUGGGGCGCCGAGAAGAAGAAGCAGGAGCUGAUCGCGCGGCUGCCCCACAUCUAUGAUACAAUCGACGGGGUCAACGGCAUCUCAAAGGGAGACCUGCCCGAUGUGAGCAUGAUGCAGGAGAGGCUGCUGCAUCUGGAUUUCACGAAGAUCAACACGCUCAAGCAGGUGUGGAUACAGCGGGCGGACGCGGUGCUGGCUCGGAUGUCCGACCUGAGCGCCGCCGCGGUGGCGGCGUUCUCGUGAUCCACAGCUGGAAACGGGCGGAAGAUAAUAAUGCG